AGUGCCUGUGUAAGCUACUGACUCUGAGGCCUGCUCCGCCCGGUUGCUUCCAGCUCCAUUCGGCUCCCCAUCAGCUUCUUCCUGUUCCCUCCACUCGCCUUCGAGAGAAGAGGGGCAGCCAUGAGGUUAGCUCUUCGGCUAUCGCCUGCAGAGACGUGCAGUCUCGGACCCUUCCAGAAGCGCCUGCGGCUGUUGCUUCCUCGUGCUCCUGUUGGUGCCAAUUCCGGAAGAGGGAGACCCAGAUUCCUGGCGGUCAUGGGCGCCAGCCCCAGCUCCGAAAACCUGACCGGAACCAGGAUUGCUCCGGUGGGAUUUCUGCAGGAUUUCAGACGACGUCCGACCGAAGAAACCACUACCAAAGAGCCGGUGAACAUGGAGGAAUCUAUCGAGAAGGCUAUUUACCGGUGCCGGUUUCUCACGUUCUUUGCUGUGCUCGGUUCCUUGGCUGGAUCGGUGCUCUGUUUCAUCAAGGGCUGUAACUACGUCAUGGAUUCAUUCAUUGAGUACUUCUCUGGGGGCGGGAAGAUGGUUCUUAUGCUAGUUGAGGCAAUUGAUAUUUACCUUGUUGGAACCGUGAUGUUUGUAUUUGGAAUGGGUCUGUACGAGCUCUUUGUUAGUACCUUUGAUGUUACUCGACCUCAGAGCAUAUCCUUUACUGAAGAAAACAGUUUUGCCGGAUCUAACCUGCUUGGCAUGUUCAGGCUCAUGGAACGGCCAAAAUGGUUGGAAAUACAUUCCAUUAACGAACUGAAGACUAAGCUUGGACAUGUGAUUGUGAUGAUACUUCUGGUUGGUCUGUUCGAGAAGAGCAAGAAAGUAAUGAUCAAUUCUCCUCUUGAGUUGCUUUGCUUCGCAGCAUCCAUCCUGCUUUCAUCUGGUUCUCUUCUUCUUCUUGCAAGGCUAAGUCAGCCGAAGCAUGAAAAGAGUUAGAGAGACUGCAAAUUUUACUACUGCGUUCAUUAGGAAUGUAUAGCUACAGUUUAGUCUUCUGUUGAUUCUCCAUGAAAGCUCUAUCUGCCUUAGUCCUGCAUGUAAGCUUUUGUAUAUAGUAUUGCAUCGUGUUGUUCAACAUGUAGGGCAGUUUAAUGCAGGCAAGGCAGGAUGUUGAAUAUACAAUUUGUAACAGUGUCAUGUAGCAAAGAAAGAAAUGACGCUUGUUGUCCGGCAGUUGGAGUUUCUCAAACUUUGGA